CAUAAUAAGCCGUUUUGUGUAUAUAAUUAAGCAGAAUUGCAUUAAAAAUGUUAGACAAAAUGUUUGGUUUCGCUCUGCCUUCUCUCCUCGUUUUGGGGAACUGGCUUGGCCGCGCAUUGCUCCGGGCAGUGGUGGCCGGGCUCCGAGCUAGUCUGAUAAACCAACAGAAGGCUCACCAGCCGAGGGGACAAGCUGUUCCGCAGCGAGUCUUGAGGUUUCAUACAACUCAGCGGAGGUGGGUGGAUCGGCAGGAUCGGCUGCCGGCUCGAUCAAGAAGGUCAAGUGAGGUGGAGCAGUGCCGGGUGAAGAUACGGCGGAAUGUUCGUAAACGCAAAGCUAGCGAGGUAGAAGUGGAAAGGGCUUUGCCCCCGAAGAAACCUCGGGUAUCCAAAUUGAGAGAGUGGAGCUUUUCGUUGCCAUCAUCAAUGGAAGUGGAAAAUGAGACGUCUCCUCCUAGCCGGCUUUCUAUGGGCUCGAUAGAAGGGGCGAAGGGCAGGAAAUGUAGCACAAAAGUGCAAGAAGGGUUGUGGACUGGCCCUGCUCCGAUGAACAAUCCUAGUCUGGUAAUAGCGGAACUGGGGGAGCAAAAUGCCGGCGAACAAAACGCCGGCGAAAAGUCUUGGGAUCGGAGGAAGGAAAGCACGGUUGUUCCGAGCAAAAACCUGAGUCCUCUGAUGGAUCCCUCAAAUUGCGGUGGAAGGGAUAAGUAGAAUCCCGAAAGAUUGGGGGCGAUUAUCCCCUGUGAUUUGAAAGCUAACAAUCGGAACAGAUUGGAAAUUAGUUUUUAUUUUCAAAAUAAGUAUCCUAGUUCACA